AGAAGAAUGAAACUGUAAAAAGUCCUACAUGACUUUAACUGACGUUUCUGAAGCCGGUACUGGUGAUGACGAGCCCAAGUCAGUGGAAAUGAGUGCGGAUAUGGAAGUAGAAGUGAGCUUGGAGGCGUCUCUGCCAUCAGUGGAACUUAACCACACCUUUGAGAGUCAUGAACCAGAAACCCUGACAGUUGAAGUGGCAGAUGUCUCCCGGACACCAUUCCAGACAACUGAAGAGAAUUCUGCUGAAGCAAUCGAGGGGGUAAAUGUGAAAAUGUCGGACUCUGCAGCCACAGACAUUAACAGGGAAAACGAAGGUUUCAAAGGAGAUUCAAUCCGAAGCAUUUCUUCUGAGGAAGAGUUUUUACGUGCUGAGCAAAGAAUAUCCAAUGAAAUAGAACUAUCAAGUCUAUAUAGCAUGGAUUUUGAAACAUCAUCAGUCCAGUAUCAAGACGAAACAUCAGAUGCACCAGAAAAUGAAGUACAAGCUCCUGAAGACGUAUCUUCAAAAGUCAAAGUCGAGACACUUGAAACCGAAAUUCCAGUUGACCAGGUUGAAACACUAAAUGCAGAAAUCAAAACACCAACUGUUAAAUUCGAAACACCAGCCGUCGAAAUGGAGCCAGCAAAAACAGCUGUCAAAAGGAAGACUUCAUUUCGAUUUUUACAAUUGUUUCGAUCUGCUCCCAAACGUGAAACGCCUGAAUCGAUAUGGGCAGAGGGACCGGGCUUGGUGGACUGUUUUGUGGGAGAUAAAGGCUACUUCCAAGUCUUCACCAGAGAUGCAGGACAAGGUACACUUAGUGUAAGGGUGAUGGGACCUAAAGAAAACUCUCGUGUAGUUAAGUGGAAGGGAGCCAAACGGGCUGUUAGCGGCAAAUUUAACCGUAAAAUAGCUGGAAAGUACACGAUUAAAAUCAAGUGGGAGAAUAGACAUAUCAAAGGCAGUCCAUUCAAGAUAAAAGCCACAAAACGUCCAGCUAUUGAAAUCGAAACACCAGAUGUUGAAAUCGAAACACCUGAUGUUGAAAUCGAAACACCAGCUGUCCACGUUGAAACGCCAGAUGUAGAAAUCGAUACACCAGAUGUUGAAAUUGAAACGCCAGAUGUUGAAAUCGAAACACCAGAUGAAGAAAUCGUAACACCAGAUGUUGCAAUCGAAACUCCAGCUGUCCAGGUUGAAAUACCAAAUGUUGAAAUCGAAACACCAGAUGUUGACAUCGAAACACCAGCUGUCCACGUUGAAACGCCAGAUGUUGAAAUCGAAACACCAGCUGUCUACGUUGAAAUGCCAGAUGUUGAAAUCGAUACACCAGAUGUUGAAAUUGAAACGCCAGAUGUUGAAAUCGAUACACCAGAUGUUGAAAUCGAAACACCAGAUGUUGACAUCGAAACACCAGCUGUCCACGUUGAAACGCCAGAUGUUGAAAUCGAUACACCAAAUAUUGAAAUCGAAACACCAGAUGUUGACAUCGAAACACCAGCUGUCCACGUUGAAACGCCAAAUGUUGAAAUCGAUACACCAGAUGUUGAAAUCGAAACGCCAGAUGUUGAAAUUGAAACACCAGCUUUUGAAAUCGAACCAUCAUAUGUUGGAUUCGAAACAUCAGAUGUUGACAUCGAAACACCAGGUGACCAGGUUGAAACACCAAAUGUUGAAAUCGAAACACCAGAUUUUGAAAUCGAAACACCAGAUUUUGAAAUCGAAACACCAGAUGUUGUAAUCAAAACAUCAAAUGUUAAAAUCGAAACACCAGAUCUUGGAAUUGAAACUCCAAAUGUUGAAAUCGAGACGCCAGAAGUCGAAAUCGAAACAUCAGAUAUUGAAAUUGCAAUAUCAGAUGUUGGAAUUGAAACACCAGAUGUUGAAAUCGAUACACCAGCUUUUGAAAUCGAAACACCAGCUUUUGAAAUCGAAACAACAGAUUUUGAAAUCGAAGCAUCAGAUGUUGAAAUUGAAACAUCAGACGUUGAAAUUGAAACAUCAGACGUUGAAAUUGAAACAUCAGAUGUUGAAAUUGAAACAUCAGACGUUGAAAUUGAAACACCAACAAUCGAAUUUGAAGCGACAACUGUCGAAACGGACACAAAGGCUUUGGAAAUAAAGACAGCUGCAAAAGGAGUAGGGAUCUUAUUCGUGCUUAUACUAUUAUUACCAUUAGUUGUGAUAUUAACAGUUGUACUCGUAAUGUUUCGUGCUGAUUUGGAAAAAUAUAUGGUAAUGAUUGGUGGUCUUGCAGGAUUCUGUGAACAUUUCUUAAUUGCCCCUUUUAUGGGAGUUUUCAUGAAAAGCAUCGGUUGAAGGUUUAAAUAAAUACAUAGUCGCGGUUUAAUUAAAGUUUUGAAAACAAAUAUGAAGAAUAGUAUGUGUUUGAUAAAUGCUUAUGCUAUACUGGAUUUGGGAACUUUUUAUGGACUAGCUUGAUGUUUGUGACUAGUAAAACCUGAAGAUUUACUAAUUUACUCUAAAUUAAUGAAUGUGUAUAGUUAUAAUAGUAAUUUUGAU